AUGAUCAGGAUAGAAAACACGACGUUUGGCACCAUACUCCGGUUUGCUACGUUCUACUUGCCGCUGUGGCUGGCCAUCGCAUAUUCCUUGUGGGUUUAUUGGUGUGUGUCCCAGCGACUCACGAAGCUGCUGGAGCAGGUGUCAGUAAGUAAUGCGGAUGACUACGAGGGAAAUGCUUUUGACUAUCAGAAGGACAUCGAUCGGCAGAGGAGAUCUCUGCGAUUGAUGAUGUACCUUCCUCUGAUUUUGGUCUUCUGCUGGUCUCCGAGCUCUGUGCGACGAUUGCUGGACAUUUUGUUCCCGCGCAUGGGCCGGUCCCUGCUGGACUAUGUGUGCGUCUUUGCUGGCCCUCUGCAAGGCUUCCUGAAUGCUUUAGUGUACGGUGCGACGCCUGCUGUCAGGGAUGCCAUGACAGGCCGCUUGGACAACAGCGCUGCCAAGCUCAAAAGCAUCAAGGCAAAGCUGCGAUCGCUUCGGCCUGGAAGACGGCGUGACUUCCGACACUUCUCCGAGGCCCCAGGCGAGAGCUCGCCUGGAGAGCCCGUGCCGACGCAGCUGCUCAGAGAGAAGACUCCAAGCGCCAUAAAGACCGUGUAG